UGUCGUCAGAGUUUUGUAGCUCCGCAAGUCGUUUCCCGUUGAAAUGAACAUGCAGCUCGAUGAGGAGAACAUCUCGGGCGAAUGGAACAAUGUUACUCCGGAUAUUUCAAAUUUGACAGACUGCUUUGCUGCACGAGUCUCUCAGUGAUGACUCAGAUAAUGACCAUCUGGAAAGUUCCAAUUAAAGAGCAGGAAAGUACAGUUGUAGCUGCGAAUGUACCUCCGAAUAUCUUCUUUCCAUACAUUUAAGCGAGAAAGGAUUCCUAGUGUGACCUGGCCACAGAUGCCAAUUUAACAAAUACAAAUGUACUGACUCAAUAUUGAUUGAGCCAGGUUAGGAAUCAUUUUGGGCGUCCCUGAGCUAUGACCAUUGAUGGAGGCCACAAAGAACGAGACGUGGAUUUAUUUGGACAUGUAUGAAUAUGAAUAUUACGAUGCCAAUUCCAGCCACCGCGGGGACGAGAGUCCCCAGCUUUCCAAAGAAUUCACGGCCACGCGGACUGUCCUCUGCAUCCUGUUUUUUCUCGGUUUGCUAGGCAACGCCACCGUGCUCUGGAUUCUCCAGCGCCACAUCAAGCUGAAGACGUUGACGGACAUUUGUCUCCUCAACCUGGCCCUGUCAGACCUCAGUCUGGCUGUGUCUCUCUUCCUGUGGGCCUACGAUUCGCAGGACCUUGCAGUAUGCAAAGUCACAACGGGAGUUUAUCAGUUGGGAUUUUACAGCGGAACGUCGUUCGUGACCUUGUUGAGCGUGGACCGCUACCUGGCCAUCGUCCACGCCGCGGCCGCCACGCGAACCCGGACGCUCGGCCACGGCCUGGCAGCCGGCGUCGUGGUCUGGGUUGUGUCUGUCGUCAUGGCAACCCCGCAGGUCAUAUUCGCCUCCGUUGCGGUGAGCGACAGCAGCUCGCUGAGUUGCAAGCCGGUCUAUCCGGAAGAAAGUCAGCGGUUUUGGAAGAUGCUCCGAAACUUCAGCGAGAACACAGUGAGUCUUUUCCUGUGUCUACCGAUCCAGAUCUUUUGCUAUGUGAAGAUCCUGCAUGUGCUGUCCAAGACGAGGAUCUCCAAGAAGGAUCGAGCUGUGAAAUUGAUAUUCACCGUCGUCUGUGUGUUUGUUGUGUGCUGGGUGCCUUACAAUGUUGUCGUUUUCCUUCAAACACUGCAACUGUUUGAGAUGUUCAACACCUACAAGGCCUCGACAGCAAUCAACUCGGCCACGGCCUGGUCCGAGAUCAUCGCGCUGUCGCACUGCUGUGUGAAUCCCGUCAUUUACGCGUUAGUCGGGGAGAAAUUCCGGAAGCCCUUGGGCAAUUUGUUGUCCAGACACUGUUACAAGCGCAGAGCUUCUGUCAGUCACGGAGACAACUCAGAGAUAGAAACUUCCAACACAGCUCUGAGAUCACAGAUCUGAGAUUAGGAUACUAGAAACGAGGAAUAUGCAUAAUUUGGAUGAUCUGAUUGAAAAUAAUUCUUACAAAAGUGUGGAAUUGACUGUUGAUUAUGUCUUGAAGCGGUGGAGGCAAAAUGGAGCGCUCGGCUUGGCCGGCUAAAUCCGGCCCUUUUUUGGUUGAAAACCCUUUUAUAUAUCGGAUUUUGAGUUGUUUGUUGUGCUACUUACACAUUAUUAUUCAUCUUAAUGCGCCAACAUUUGAAAUAGCCUGUUUGUGCUGCGAUGGGCCUUCAGAAUCAGUGCUGUUGGCCAAUGUACCGUAA